ACCGGACCAUGGUUUCCUGGCCGCCAGUGCACCAAUAAUAGGGUUGCCGUGCUCCGUGCCCCCAUAUAUACCCAUCCUGCAGCUUGGGAGCUGCACUGAUCUCACCCACCUCUUCCCCCCGCCAAGAGCAGCAGUGAACUGUGAAUCUAGCUCUGAAGCAGCUCAAGAUCGGGCUUGCUAGAAGAAGCCAUUCGCCCAUUCCUAGUCUCUUCCCAGCCAUACAGGCUACAGCAAUACCAUGGCGGCACCAGUAGCAUGCGCCUUCUUCUUCGACGCCGAGCCGGUGGGCGAGCCCGGCAUGCCGGCGCUGGACGCUUGCGCGCUCUGCGCCAAGUCGCUGGCGCGCGACAGCGACGUCUUCAUGUACAGAGGGGACACGCCCUUCUGCAGCAAGGAGUGCCGGCACGAGCAGAUGCAGCUCGACGCCGUCUCCGCCAGGCAGGCCACCCGGAGGCUGCAGCGGUUCUCGGCGGGAGCAGAGUCCGGGCGUGCACACCAGGGGGUGUCCGUGUCGAGCUAACCGGCGAGAGUGCCUGACAAAGAAAGGUUAUUAUGCUUGAGCCAACAUGAUCUCCGUGCACCAAGCCGCUGGUGUCCGUAGCUAGCUGAUCGAGCAGCACGAGAUCGAGGAGACUUGCCUAGCAAGGGGCGGGUCGCUGGAGUCGCUCACGGCGGGUCAGCGCUGCAUGUGCCGCCGGUCAAGUGAUUUGGACAUAAACACUGCAGAAAAGGGGCUGAAUCAGAUCUGAACAAAGCCAAGCAAACAAGAUUCCCCAUGGUUUAACUUUGAGGCGGUCAUGUCUGCCCAUCAGUUUUUUUUUCUGCGUUAACGUCACUUCUGUAUAAGCUCAUUUGUAAUAGCACUCUCGGUCGGUAAACUUUCAAGAGAAUCGACAUACAACAUGCCUUGUGCAAUCCUCUUUCUGUUCAUGAAGAAUCAUGCUAAUGGGAUUUUACAGGUGUA